AUGCAGGGACCGCUGCAUGGAAGUAAUGAGCCGUUUGGAACUUGUGUUGCGGCCCGGAGCAACAGAAUGCGUGCUAGACGAGAGGCUACUGGAAGUACAUAUGCGGCGGGGGCGGGAGCUCAAGUGCCUCUGCGCAGCCGAACAGUUGUAGCGCCACGUCUGCAGCUGUGCACUUAUCAUGACAACGCAGCGAUGCGUGAGGCGCUGGAGCAGCUAAAACAGGCGUGUGGCCUCUUUUCUCUUGACGAGGUGGAAGAAAUGGAAAAAAUGAACCCUAGGCAUGGCAUCGCUCGCUCCACACGUUCGCAACUCAAUCAAAUGCCUGGCCACAUGAUUGUUCAUUGUUUUACUUACUGUGACUUGAGGUCCCUUUGCGAGUUGGGGUGCGUCAGUCGCCGUUUUGCCGCCUUGUCCAACGCCCAAAUUUUAUGGGAAGCUCAUGCCCGCCUGCGAAAUGUAUCAGUGCGUGCGCUGGAAUCUGCUCGAGAGGAUUUUCGGCGUGCGGUGGUAGAGCGGCACGAGAGGUGGCAGGCGGAAGUUCAGCGGCAUGAACGCGAAUACGAGGCGCUGCAGCAUCGCUUGCAUGAGCGUACUGCAGCUGAUCUUGCCGAUCCAAUAGAUGUGGACACUGUCCUCGCAAGCACCCGACCCAGGGGAUUGGUUGGGAGUCCCAGCAGCAGCAGACAGGCCCACAGCGCCGCACAACUUCAAGAACUGUCAGCCAUAGUGGAACAACUUGAGUCGGAAAAACUAGAGCUUAUUCGUGGCAUCCGUGAACUAAAAUCUACGUUAGCCCAACAGCAAAAGCAGAUAGAAGAGCUUCAAAAAAAUGUGGCAGAAUCUAGGGAGACAGAUCCUGAUGGGGGAAACACCACGACCGCAGAUGAAGCGGAUGGAAUCACAUUUUUGAGUGUUCGCGCCUUUGAACGCCGUAUUUGCCGAAUCGUGUUGAGCGUCGACAAUGAUCUUUCUCUUGUGCUCAGGAGAGGAGUCGACGAGUUUGGCACCAUGGAACUGUUGUGCCUUUAUGGUGCUGGUGAUGUGGGCCAACGUGUGCGGCAGCGUUGGGCCGCCUUCAAACGUUUUUUUCCACCAGUGUCGGAAGAUUACGGAACCGUAAGGUCGUUGCUUAUGACUGGGGAAUCGCCGUCUUCAGCUCAAGCGCGCGAAUGUCUUGCACGUCUCGGUGGCGUGAUCCGUCGUGUUCAGCGGAUGACAGACAACGAGAUUGUGCAAAUUAUAUUGUAA